AUGGAAAGUGAAUCUCGACUCGAAUCAUCCCGAUACCUGCUUACCUCCGACAACUACUCCACCUGGAUUGUGUCGAUUGAAGCAAAACUUGAAGAUAUCGGAGCUCGCGAACUGGUUACCGGAUUGAUCAAGAUUGAUGAAAAAACCACCCCGGAUGAACUCGAUAAAUAUACCGUUCUCAAUAAGAAAGGAUACUUGAAGAUCAUCCAGAACCUCGAUGCCACCAAUCUCGCCCUUGUCAGUACCACCCUGCCUGAAGAAGAUCGCUUCAAAGGUCGAGCGUUGUGGAAACUCCUCAAAAACAAAUACGCGGGAUCUGAUCUCGUUGCUCGAUCGACCGCUCUUGAUCAUUUUCUUGAUUUAGAAUACACGGACGUCGGUUCUUUCUGUUCGGCCAUAAGACUUGCCAACCAACGACUUGUACUCGCUAACGUUCUCAAAGAUGAUCAAGUAAAAAUUAUGAUCAUGCUCCGGAAACUUCCUCGCGAACAAUAUCAAUCGUUCCGUGAUAUUAUUGCUAUGGGAUUCGCCUCUGAAACUUUUGAAUCAGCGGUUAAAAGACUUGAGUCAUACGCUAUCUCAAACAACAUCAAGAAGGGAUCGUUUGCGUCCUCCUCUGAUCAAGCAACCAUGAUGACGAAAGCCACCACCUCCAAGUCUACGGCCUGCUCUCACUGUGGAAAGACCGGCCAUCGACCCCAUAAUUGCUGGACUAAAUACCCGGAAAAGGCUGCGAAAACUGAGUCUGCUCAUCUGACUCUCGUCGAUGGGUACAAUCAACUCCAGGGUGUCACCAACUGGUGCACACUCCCUGAUGGUACUCGGAUGAAUGCCGACGACAUCAGCUAUGACUGUCUCCGUGGCAUGUAG